AUGGAAACCAACGCCGAGCUGCAGAGCGAGGAAAUUGAAGUUUUACAGUCUAUUUAUGAAGACAAGAUGAAGGUCCAAAGUGACUUGGAUCAAUACAAUCGAAAGAGAUCUGUAACGAUCUCAAUACCUGGUCCACAUUUGAUUGUCCUCUUAGUGCAUCUACCUCAAGGAUAUCCAUCCACUGAUGCCCCAAUUGCUGAAGUAUACGAGUCUUUUGGACUUACGAAUGCUCAACGAGACGAAAUCUUGAAGAAACUGACGGUAAUUUUUGAACGAUCAGGUGGUCAAGUUUGUCUUUAUGAAUGGAUUGAAGGUGUGAGGGAGAAAUAUAUCAAUGCUAAUGAACAGGAUGGUACUCUAGAAGAUGGUGAUGAUGAUCAUGACAAUGAUAAAGAGAAACUUGCUGAUCAUAUCAUUAUCAAGUCGUUUGAAUUGGAUUCACAAACACUACGUCCUCGUGUUCGAACAGCACAAUUAGUGCGUGAUGUGAAACGUGAAGCAGUGAUUGCACCACUGAUCGUACAUGGUAAAACACCGAUUGUUGACCGCAAGAGCACUUUUAUCGGACACGCGUGCCCUGUCAAAUGUGUUGAAGAUGUGCGCUCGUUUCUCGCUUUGUUGCUUGAUGAUCAUAAAAUCGAGCGAGCAAUCCACAACAUGUUGGCGUAUCGAAUUACUGGUGAAUGUAUUGUCAAGGAUAAUGACGAAGACGGAGAACACGGAGCUGGAAGUAAACUAUCAAACCUGUUAGAGCUGCUCAAAGUCGAGAAUGUGGCUGUUGUGGUGACGCGAUGGUACGGUGGUAUCAAGCUUGGUCCAGAUCGUUUCAAACACAUUAAUGCAUGCGCGCGACUGGUACUAGAAGAAAAUGGGUUUAUGAACGAAGCAAAACUUCAUGACGGUAACAAGAAAAAAAAGAAGCAGUGA